AUGGCAGCAGUGGCUGUACUGCGGAAUGAAACACUCCAGGCUUUUCUCCAGGUUUGUGCGCAAGUUUCUGUUUACUUUAUACGACUUUAAUAACUUGUGAACUCACUCAUCCGAGUUGAUUUACGGCUCGGUUACGAGUCUGUAAGAUAGAAAAAAUAAAAGCCACACUACUUUGAUGGUCCAGUGUCAUAUAAUUUAAUUACUUACGUUAAUUGUUUCCGUAUAAAUGACUUCUUCUGCAACAUUAUGCCAACUUUAUGUCACACCACGAUUCACGCUACAGGCUCAAUUUGGAGCAGGUUUCAUCCAAAAUAGUUAGACUUCCUUUUUAUUGUAUGCCGGAAUAUUAAGGCGUUGUUCAGCCUCGCGUUUUGCCUCAUAAAGCGUGUUAAACAAUGAUUUUAAUUCAGAAAAUGUGUGUCUCGGUUAUCCAGGAUCGCACUCCAAACUCCUCUCCAGAGAACUGUAAACACUCUCCGCUGGCUCUCCUGGCAGCAACUUGUAACCGGAUCGGGCACCACCACGGAUCCAACCCCACAGAUUUCCUUCAGGUUCCUUACGACCCCACUCUGGGCUCCCCUUCGCGCUUAUUUCACCCGUGGACUAACGAGGGGAAUCCACAGAGCAGCCUGGCCAGCAACUCUACUUUCGGACUAUCCUCUAAGCCCCAGCUGUCUGCGCACAUCCAGAGCUCCUUCAGCUCGCACCACGAACUGCCCCUCACCCCUCCUGCGGACCCAUCGUACCCCUAUGACUUCUCCCCCGUGAAGAUGCUACCUUGCUCCAUGCAGUCUCUGCAGUCUACCUGCCCUCCCACCUACGUCCCCGCUGUGAGUUACGCAGCACCAACUCCCAUCCCGACCGCGAUGCCAAGUUUUGUCACGGGACCCUCCGGCCUCGUGCACCACCAGCAGCAGAGACAGUUGUCCCCGAAUCCUGGAGAGGAUAUCCCGUGGUGGAGUCUCCAGCAGGGGAAUCAUGUCAGCCACUCUUCCUCUCUCGGUCCUCAUCGCUUCCAGCUACAGAGGGGCUUGGUUCUUGGACAUACGGACUUUGCGCAAUACCAAACGCAAAUCGCAGCUCUGCUGCACACAAAGUCUCCUCUCGCGACUGCGCGGCGGUGCAGGAGGUGCAGGUGUCCGAACUGCCAGUCCUCCACGUCCAGCGACGAGCCUGGGAAGAAGAAGCAACACAUCUGUCACAUACCUGGCUGCGGGAAAGUUUAUGGGAAAACUUCACACCUUAAAGCGCACCUGAGGUGGCACUCGGGGGAGCGGCCGUUUGUGUGCAACUGGCUCUUCUGUGGCAAAAGUUUCACCAGGUCGGACGAGCUGCAGAGACACCUGAGGACUCACACGGGGGAGAAGCGCUUUGUGUGCCCGGACUGCUGUAAGAGGUUCAUGAGGAGUGACCACUUGGCAAAACAUGUGAAAACGCACCAGAACAAAAAAAGCAAGUGCCACGACAAGACACUCGACCACGUGAAAAGGGAGGACACGAGGAAUAUGUUGUAA